CGCAGUCUCACGCCGCGCACUCGCUGCUUCGCCGCGCGACAUCCGACACUCGUGGUAAACAACGAGUUUUCCGCUCAAAAGCACGUGUCUAAUGACUGUUACUUGUUCAAUCUAUUGUGCGAAGAUUUUUUUUUCUUUUGUUGUUGCCAAUGUAAAAGUUAUGAAUUGAGUUUAGCUGUCAGUUACAAUAUAUUAAUGUUUAUUGGAUGGCAUUAUUGGUAUGAACUAUAAAAUAAUAGUAUUCAAUGUAUAUGUAAUCAGCAAACAGUGCAAUUUUUAUGGUUUAUUUUUAUUAAUUUAAUUGAUGAAAAUUAUAUCAUUAGAUAAACGUAACUAAUGGAAGUUCGUAUGCCACCUAGCGGUAAAUAUUUUGUUGAUAAAUUGGAAUAACAAAAAAGAAGUAAAUACAGAAUACUAAGAACAAGAACUAUAAACAAGACCUGAGCCAAUUUUUUAAAAUUCGAAUACCAGUAACUGAAAGAUUUAAUAGUGCACAGUGAUGUUAUAUGAAACUAGACUUCGUGGAUCUGAUCAGUGAAUAAAUCAAGAUUAUUGUGGAGGAGUGUAGUGCUGUGUGGUGGUUUCAAGCAUUGUCGACAGGGAUCCGAUGGCCGGCGGUCCCCGGAGCCGCUAAAUCGAUCCCGCCACACCGGCGCGCCUCUCGUUCGUGGAGAGUGGCGUGCGCCGGGUGCGCGGUGCGGGGGGAUGCCCGCACGCAAGGGGCUGCUCGCGCCCCAGAAUACCUUCCUCGAUACCAUCGCAACACGGUUUGAUGGCACACAUAGCAAUUUCGUCCUGGGCAAUGCUCAAGUACCUGCGUACCCAAUCGUAUAUUGCUCAGAUGGAUUCUGUGAGCUGACUGGGUGGGCACGAGCACACAUCAUGCAAAAGGGCUGUGCGUGCAAAUUUCUACAUGGACCGGACACCCGCGAGGAGCAUCGACAUGAGAUCGAUGCAGCUCUCGAAUCCAAACACGAGCUCAAGCUCGAACUCAUAUUUUAUAAAAAAAUUGGUACUCCUUUUUGGUGCUUGCUCGACAUCGUCCCAAUUAAGAAUGAGAAACGAGAAGUGGUUUUAUUUCUCGCCUCGUUCAAGGACAUCACAAACACCAAGAUGGCCGCCAUGAACUCUAAUGAGGAUUUUGAUAGCGGAGCCGCGGUGCGGCCUUCAGCUGGUGUGGUCACUCUAGCGUUAUCCCCAUUUGUACCCGCAGCGGCACUCUUGGGCGCCCGGUUUCGCGCUGAAUCUAGUUGCCUACUUCCAGACCCAAAUGGCAAUCUUGACCCUGAAGCACCCUCGCCUGCCAAUAUGGGCAGAAGGCGCUCGAGGGCAGUACUAUACCAGCUUUCGGGACAUUAUAAGCCAGAUAAAAUGAAGACAAAACUUAAACUCAACAAUGUUAGUAAGAAUUUGUUACACUCCUCGGACCCACCGCUACCUGAAUACAAAACAUCGGCAAUAAAAAGGUCAAGAUUAAUAAUAUCACAUUAUGGUGUUUUCAAAACAUUUUGGGAUUGGCUUAUUCUCAUAGCCACAUUUUACGUGGCAGUUGUCGUUCCUUAUAACGCCAGUUUUGUUGACGAAGGUCAUCCGAGAAUUAGUGUAACAAUGGACGUCCUAGUUGAAGCUCUGUUCAUUAUUGAUAUAUUACUAAACUUUCGUACAACGUUUGUAAGUAAAAAGGGUGAAGUAGUCUCGGACUCGAAAGCGAUAGCUCUUAAUUACAUCCGAUCCUGGUUUGUGGUGGAUCUCCUGGCCGCGCUACCAUUUGACCUACUUUACGCGUCCGAUGUCUACAGCGGAGCGGAGUCAACACACGGUAACGUGCAUUUAGUGAAAUUAACGAGGUUAUUAAGACUUGCGCGCUUGUUACAAAAAAUGGAUCGUUAUUCGCAGUACUCUGCCUUGAUACUGACACUGUUGAUGUUGUCGUUUACUUUGGUGGCGCACUGGUUGGCCUGUAUCUGGUUCAUAAUAGCUGAAAAAGAAAUUGAACAUCAUAAACAUGAAAUUUGGGAUUUAGGAUGGAUCAAUAACUUAGCAGAACGACUGAAAAUGCCAAUUCCCAACAUUUCCCAUAGCGAAACCUACGUCACGGCCCUUUACUUCACAUGUUCAUCGCUGACGAGCGUGGGCUUCGGUAACGUUUCCGCCAACACAUUGCCAGAGAAGGUCUUUAGCAUAAUAACUAUGCUAAUUGGAGCAUUGAUGCAUGCCGUGGUAUUUGGUAAUGUAACAGCUAUCAUACAGCGAAUGUACUCACGUCGUUCCAUGUACCAAACAAAAUGGCGUGAUUUAAAAGACUUUCUGUCACUGAACCAAGUGCCAAAAGAAUUAAAGCAGCGAAUGCAGGACUAUUUUCAGACCAUGUGGUCACUUAACCACGGUAUAGACAUCCAUGAAACGUUGAAGGAGUUUCCCGAGGAACUCAGAGGCGACGUAUCAUUACAUUUGCAUCGGGAGAUAUUAUCACUUCCGAUAUUCGAGUCAGCCUCCCAGGGAUGUUUGAAGUUGCUCUCUCUGCAUAUCCGUAACAACUUUUGCGCCCCAGGAGAAUAUCUCGUUCAUAAAGGAGAUGCGCUCACGUACAUUUACUACAUUUGCAACGGUUCUAUGGAAGUUAUGCAGAAUGACAUGGUGGUCGCAAUUUUGGGGAAAGGAGAUUUAGUGGGUUGCGAUAUGAAUACUCAUUUGCAAGCUUACAAUGGAACGGGACAACCCCAAUCUAAUAAUCCUGAUGUGGUCGUUAAAUCGAGCAGCGAUGUGAAGGCUUUAACCUAUUGUGAUUUGAAAUGUAUUCAUAUGGGUGGCUUGGCUGAAGUGCUUCGCUUGUACCCUGAAUACCAACAAGAAUUCAUCCAUGACAUACAACACGAUCUCACAUACAACUUGAGAGAAGGUUAUGAAGCAGAACAAGAAUCUGAAGGAAACGGUCACCCUUCACUUACGUUACCGUCAAUAUCAGAAGACGACGAGAACGCUGCCGAAGACCACGCUCUAUCACCGAAGAAACCUACAUCUAGUGCGAAUAGUCCGCGCCAUCCUAAAUUCAGGUCGGACGGUCAACAGCGGCUUUCGCAUCGGGAGUUACGAGAAAGGAUAGAGAGACAGCGCUCAAUUGCUACUCCAAAGAUAACGAGGGCGGAUUCAUUAGAAGGAUUAAAUUUGGAGGUGCACAACACGAGGUCAUCUGUAGAAAGGCUUGACACUCAAGUCUCCAGUCUACAUCACGACGUAGCCGCACUCAGUAUGGAGGUUCGAAAUGCAAUCCAAGCUCUACAAGAAAUGACAGGGCCAGCGGGCUGGCACGCAGCGCACUCCAAUCCGAACUUGCAAUGGAACGCACCACCCAAUCAGCUUGCACGCAGUUGUAGUCACCCGCCAGACGUAUUUUGUUGGGAUCAGCAAGAGAGACCACUUACACCAGAACGACCAAAAUCAAAUAGGAGUACACAAACCGAACCAUUCCUUCACUGCGUCACGCAAUACAUUAUGGAGCAUCCGGCCACAGUCAUGCUAUUACUAGGCUUAGACCCGAUGGCCAAUCUCGCGCCUGUUAUGACACAAACUCUAGAUUACUAUGACCCUCGAGCCCGUAGAUCGAGCGUACUCGAACAAAUAGUGGAAUCUGAAAAUGGAAGUCAAACGCCGUCCAGUUCGGCUAGCGAGAAAUUCGAAACUACAAGAAGCCUCAGCGGAAGUGCCAAGGAUCUCAAUACACAACCAGAACUGAAACGCUUGCUUGAACCAGAAAGAGUAUCAAAUUUAAAGAGAAGUAGACACUCUACGAGUGACCUACACGACGCCUCGGAGCGCCUACUAGCGACCAAGGCCUCUCAUCCUAGCACGCGGAGUCUUAAAUAUAACAUCAACAGUUAAAUGAAUAUUCCAUUUUCAUAUUACUUAGUACAUUCUGCUCAUUAGCCUUUAAUAAUGAAAUAAAACUACUAGAUUUAAAAUACUUUUAAUAUCAAUAUAAUUUAUGAUCAUUGUUACCUUCUUCUUUAGUGUGAUUCGCUUGUUGGAUGCCUGUUUUAUAAGCUUACAAAAAAGAUUUUAUACGUGUUAUUUUUUCUAUCAACGAAUCUACUAUUUUAAUCAAUUUUUAUCUUCGUAUUUAAUACAAGAUGUACAUAUCAAGUGUUAUUGUUAGCUUAGUAUUUAGAUAUUCUAGUCACUGUCUAAAUGUAUGUUGAAAGAUUUGGGAACGAUUAUCAUAAAGUAUAACACCCCCCCCCUCUGCCCUCCCAAAA